UUGGUAACCAGUGUGUUGUAACCAAUAACAGUGCCCCGAUUAAAAAACAGAAUUUAUACCCUGUAGAAACUCCAGCACCCAGACCCAACUCGGCACCGAUUACCAGGAAAGGCACUAAAUGCAAAGUGGAGGGGUGUACCUACUUCGGAGAUCCUAUCUUCCACAACAUGUGUACGAAUUGCUACCAUAUUUUCAAUCCCAAAUCAAUAGACAUGACUAGAAACGAGAAAUUUCCCGUGCAGGAAGCCUCCUUAUCCCAGGGUGCUUCAAAUUUCCUAUCAAAUUUCAACAGUUUUGAUCGAAGUGCCCAGGUUUUAGAGCAGUCUCGAAGGGAGCAGACUACUUGUCGAGCUCAUGGAUGUCAAAAUCAUGGAAAUUCACAUUGCGAGGGUUUCUGUAACAAUUGUUAUAGGAAAUCUUAUCUACAAGUUUGCUCUAAAAGCUUUGAACAAAUUGG